AUCAAAUGUUUGUUUUAUUAAUCAGUAUGUAUUUGAACAAUACUAAAUACUGAUAGCUGAAGUAUUAUUAUGUGCAUUUCAAACUAUUUAUUAUUGGUGGGGGACUGCUUAAUCGAGGAAACAUAGUCAGAACGUUUGCCUUAACACAACCUCGGAAGAUCUUGAUAACACUUUCUACCUGAUAUAUUAUAUGACGACAGCUCAAAAUAUUUGUCUUGGUCAAGUCUUAAACUGGACCGUCUAAUGCACAAGGCAAAAUGAGGAAAACAUGUAAACAUUCUCUAAAAUGACGAUAUUGCACUGAACUUCAAAACAUGUCUUCACGUCCGAAAGGUAAAAUAUCUUGUUGUGCAGCACAAAGAAGUUUGAUAUCAUCAACAGAUGUUCAACGUGUUAUAAUGACUAAAGCUUUGCCUGAUUGGAAUUCGCCAUGGAAAUUCAAACCAACGGAAACUAUUGAUAAUGGGAAGCACAUCAUAAAAAGAAAAGAGAACAAUAAAAGUAGAAGACCUUUGUCAGAAAAUUCCAUAAAUGUGAUCUCGACUUCCGGCGCACAAGAUGAAGAAUUUGCCACAUUUAGCAAAAGACCAUUGUCAGAAGUUAUAGCUGACAGCAGAUGUCUGAUUUUAAAAGGGCAAGCAGACACUAGCAUGGUUUUAGAUAAUCACAGAGAUGUAUUUUAUAUUCCUGAUGCUGGAGCAAAGAUUCAACAACAAACUGCGGCUGUUUAUACAGGAAAAUGCCAAAGAUUAUUGCAACACUAUAAAGUUUCCCUAUUAUGUUGGCCUGAGUUAUUUCAGUCACACAUAAGCAUAAAGAACCUAUUGAGCUAUUGUGAAGGACUUGAAAUGGACACAGGUUUAAGGCAGCAAGGAAAAGAGAUCAGGUUCGACUUGCACGAAACAGACAUUUAUAUCAAUCCCACCGAUCACGAUAUCAAUUCAUUAAUACCACCGAAAGUGACUACUCAGAAAAAAGAAGUAAAAUAUUGGAAUAUUUCUGCAGAUACCAUGAAUACAAAAAGUAAUUCACCGAAAGUCAAAGGAAUAGUCAUUGAAUCUGGUAGUGCAAGAAUGAUAAAAUCAAUGCAAGGUUUAGAUAUGGUUCUAUUCAGGGAAAACGGCUUGGACAGCUUUGAAAACGAAAACAUAUUUCCAAAACAUUCUGACGAUACAUUACGACUGAAAACAAGAAGCGUUAUUGAGUAUGUCUUGUUUGAACCGCUUGUAGAAGAAUGCGAAUUUCUCAGCCGUGUCCUCGACGCUAUUAAUAAAAAAUCACAAAAUCUGAUAAAGGAGACAAAAUAUGUUGCUGAAAUUGAAAGCGUUUAUCAAAAAGACGAGAAAACUCAGAGUGAACACAAUAAACAAACUUACUACGACGAGUCAAGAGGUAAUAAGUAUUGUGCUUUUAUAUUUAAAACCUUCACGGAAAACGUUUAGAAUUUAUUUCCCAGUCAUGAUCUACGAAAUUUGUAUAAAGUAUAAACUAAUAAGACAACAUUUCAUUCAUGUAGAUAUACGCAAGCAAUGUACUACAAAGGUCUAUGUUUACUACAGAUUAUAGCUAGCAUAAAUCUUAAAGUUCUCAAAUUUAUAUUAUAUCUUGCUAGUGCCACGCGCUGAAAUGAAUCAAUAAAUAGAUUAUUUUAUUUGCUUGUUAUCUAUCUGUAUAUGCCUACAAAUUAGUUUAAAGAUUUGUAUUUCUAGUAAUUUAAAGCCAGUUUACACACCUGAAAUG